AUGUCAAUGAAAUCUGCUGUUCCGAUUAAUGUUGAUCAGUCAUCAACUAAUGAUAUGGAACCAAUUAACACUCCGGAAGCUGACGGUGAUACAAAUUGCGGUGAUUGUACUUAUACCUUGAAUACUGAAAAGUAUAGCCUCCAAACUCAUAAUUUUGACCAAGCAGUGCUUAAUGUUAAUAAAAUGGGACGAACUGAUUUUCAAAGUCAUUCCAUUGGAGCCGACCCAGUGCUGGAAUCAUCCAAAUUACUCAGGAAACUUUCCGAAGCUUUUGAAGAGCAAAGCAUACAGUUUUCAUUUAUUCAUUGCAAAUUUGUAUGUUCGAUAUAUGAAGAUUUCUCCUCCAAUCUAUUACUAAUUCUAAUUCAGCGAGUCACAGUGCUAUCAUCCAAUGCAUCAAUAGCUAUAAUCGAUCAGGAAGAUCGAAAAAAGAAACGUACAUCCACAUCCUGUUCCGACAUUCUAGCUGCAAAUGACUUCUUUUCUGUUUUUGACGAGAUUUUGUUGCAUAAUUCGCUGUGCGGCAACAACAGCUCAGGAUCAUCAUCCUGUCAUCCAGGAAACUGCUGUUUAUGUAACCGAUCAUCAUCAAAGUUCUUUGAUUCGUUGGAUGCGAUCAUUUUACCGGUUACUUUUUCCAAUAGUACCGACCUGAUGUAUCAGAAAUUUGAAAAGCCUAAUUCUGGAGCAAAUCUAGAUGCACAUAGUGACUACAAUGAGGACAGUCGACAUGAUGGUGCAGAACAUGGCGGAAAAUCAAGAAUGCCAUCCAGUUGUCGUCGAGUUGGGGAUGCACUACGGAAGAAAUCUCAAGCUUACCUAAAAUUUUUAUCAACCCGUAAAGCCCUGCGAAAAUUGCAACGGAUCGAAGGUAAAGGCAUCGUUCGAAAAGGUGCAUUAAGGCAAAAGAAUGUUCAUGAAGUCAAAGCGCAUAAAUUUAUUGCACGAUUUUUCAAACAACCAACGUUUUGUUCACAUUGCAAGGAAUUUCUUUGGGGUCUUAAUAAGCAGGGCUUUCAGUGUCAGGUAUGCGCACUUGUAGUACAUAAAAGAUGUCAUCAGUUUGUCAAUUUUCAAUGUCCUGGUGCUGACAAAGGCGUUGAUACUGAUGAUCCACGACAACAACAUAAAUGGAAAGUGCACUCAUAUUCGUCGCCAACAUUUUGUGAUCAUUGUGGAUCUUUACUUUAUGGUAUCAUUCAUCAGGGUAAAAAAUGUGAGUGUUGUGAUGUCAACGUGCACCAUAAAUGUGUUAAAUAUGUGCCUGAUAUGUGCGGAACAGAUUACAUCGAAAGACGCGGUAGGAUACAUCUUUCAAUUCGAGUGGACAAUGAUCUUCUGCAAGUUAAAGUGACUGAGGCACGUAAUUUAAUACCUAUGGAUCCAAAUGGUCUUUCCGAUCCUUACUGCAAGUUGAAAUUGAUACCAGAUGAUCAUUCUUCAAAAUCCAAGAAGAAAAGUAAAACAAUCAGAUCCACCUUGAAUCCUGUGUGGAAUGAAUGUUUUGAAUACAAAUUGGAAGCAGCAGAUGCUGGUAAAAGGCUAUCUGUCGAAGUUUGGGAUUGGGAUCGUACUUCUAGGAACGAUUUUAUGGGUUCUCUUUCAUUUGGCAUCAGUGAGUUGAUGAAGGAAUCUGUUGAGGGUUGGUACAAACUACUUAGCGCAGAGGAAGGGGAAUUCUAUAGCGUAAAAGUCAAUCCUGAAUCUGAAGCCGAAAUUGAGAAAAUCAGGAGCAAAAUUGAUGAAAUGGAGAUACGACAGAAAAAGCAAUCACCAAUACGACUUCAGUCUGAGCUGAAACAACAAAACACCAUCAAAUCUACUGAUUUUAACUUUCUAUCUGUGCUUGGAAAAGGUUCUUUUGGAAAGGUAUUACUUGGUGAGCAUAAGGAUAGCAAGGAGCUGUUCGCAGUGAAAAUACUGAAAAAGGAUGUUAUUGUUCAAGACGACGAUAUGGAAUGUGCGAUGACUGAAAAGCGGGUGUUGUCUCUUUGUGACAAGCCACCCUUUCUCGUUACCCUCUAUUCAUGCUUCCAAACUUCGGAUCGUUUAUAUUUUGUAAUGGAAUUUGUGAGUGGUGGUGAUCUUAUGUAUCAAAUACAACAAGUGGGAAAGUUCAAAGAACCAGUAGCUGCAUUUUAUGCUACUGAAAUAGCAAUUGGUUUGUUCUUUCUUCAUUCCAAAGGCAUUAUUUAUCGUGAUCUCAAACUGGACAAUGUUAUGUUGGAUACAAACGGGCAUAUUAAAAUCACGGAUUUUGGUAUGUGCAAAGAAAACAUCAUCGGUAAUGCAAAAACAAAAACGUUUUGCGGUACACCCGAUUACAUUGCUCCGGAAAUAAUAUUGUAUCAACCAUAUAAUAAGUCAGUUGACUGGUGGGCCUAUGGAGUAUUGCUGUUUGAAAUGCUUGCUGGCCAGCCGCCUUUCGAUGGUGAAGACGAAGAUGAAUUAUUCGCAGCAAUAACAGAUCACAGCAUAUCAUACCCGAAGUCAAUGUCCAAAGAAGCAGUUUCUAUUUGUAAGGCGUUGCUACAGAAAAGUCCUGAGAAACGCCUAGGUUGUGGUCAGUUGGCCGUUAGAGAAAUUAAAGAACAUCCAUUCUUUAAACGAAUUGACUGGUAUAAGAUUGAAAGGCGGCAAGUUCAACCACCUUUUAAACCAAAAUUGAAAAGCCCUGAAUCGACGGAGAAUUUCGAUUCGCAGUUCAGAAAGUUAUCAGUGAAAAUGAGUGCUUGUGAUGUUGACAUUUUGCGUAACCUUGAAGGCUAUGAAUUCCCUGAUUUUGAUUAUGUUAAUCCAUACUGGCCAAAUUGGAGUGUUCAUGAUGAAUCAGUGUAG